AUGAAUCCUGAUUGGUGUCCCUGCGUCCUCCGUGUAGUCCUUGAUUGGUUACUGGUCGUGUUGCUUCAUGUAGCCUUCUACCUGUUUAAGGGGAUCAAAGUACCGUUGUCGGGUUUUUUCUGUGACGACCACUCAAUCAGAUAUCCCUAUUACGAUAGCACGAUUCCAACGAAAGCUUUGCUGGGUUACGGUUAUGGCUUACCACUCGCGUUGGUCGUCAUUCUUGAGCCUCUAUCAGCGCUAUAUUUGUAUUAUGCUGUCGGGGCAAAAAAUGUUUGGAAAACGAUGGCCGUUCGUAUGUACAACGUGAUCACAAUCUACAUGCUUGCAAUCGGCUUAACGCGCGCUGUGACUUGGCUAUUCAAAAUCACGACCAAAGCUAAUCGACCACAUUUCCUCGAUGUUUGUCAGCCCAAUAUUACGCUCACCAGCUGCACGGGAUUCGUUAAUGAAUACAGUUGCCAGGGUAUGCGUACCAAUCUAAUGCCUGAAAUCAACGUCUCCUUCGUCUCCGGACAUUCAUCGGUCACAGCAGUUGCAGUAAUGUUUAUAGUGCUGUACCUCCAAGAGCGUCUUCAGUUGAGCUGUGCUCCACUGCUUCGUCCGAUGCUCCAGACUGCCAUUGUUUCUUUUGGAUUAUAUGUGGUCAUCAGCCGCUAUACGGAUAAAAAGCAUCACGUAUCAGACAUAAUAGCUGGAACACUUGUCGGUGCAGGGAGCGCCACGGCUUUGUUCAUCGGAUACUCCCCAACCAUGAAGGAACUCGCCCCGUGGAGAUGGUCCGAAUAAAAAUCUAACCUCUAUCUGUUGGCCUAACAUUUGACAGUUUAGCGUUAACUAAUCCUAAUCAUUCUCUCCUCGCUAGUAAAUG